AUGCCAAGGCAGAGGAGCCGUCGAGGAGGAGGAGGAGGAGGAGGAGGAGGGCAGGCCCGCUCCCGCACCGCCCGAGCUGAGCUGACCUUCUCCGUGAGCCAGGUGGAGCGCCGUCUGCGGGAGGGCCGCUAUGCCCAGCGCCUGAGUUGGUCUGCGUCCGUGUUCCUGGCCGCCACCCUCGAGUGCCUGACAGCCAAGGUGCUGGAGCUGGCGGGCAACGAGGCCCGCCACAGCGCCAGGAGGCGCAUCACCCCAGAGCUCCUGGACAUGGCCGUCCACAACAAUGCGCUGCUCAGCGGUCUCUUCGGGACUACCACCAUCUCCCAGGUCGCCCAGCCCCGGCGCUAG